AUGCAGGCAGCAAUUUUCUCUGUUUCGCAACCUCUCCCACUGCUAAAACCCACUAAAACCUUGGCAUCUCCAUGGAAGUCCAUUCCAAGGUUAAGAGCUUCCCGACCCCCAACCAUCAGGGCCGUCGCUGGCUCGAACGACCCAUCCGCGGUUGACUAUAGCUCCACCACCUCUGUUUUUCCAGCAGAGGCUUGCGAGACGAUUGGAGGAGACGCCUGUGCUGCCGAGAUGUAUCCGGAAGUGAAGCUGACACCAGAAGCCGAUGGGAACGAGCCAAGGACUGCCUCAGAAAAUGUAGAUCGAGAGUACUACGAGUACAACAGCCCUAAGACGUAUAUGCUUCUCGAGCUUUUUAGUGAAAAUUUUACGCGUCUAAUGCUUUACGUGGCUGUAUCUGGCAUAUGCAGGGUGUUCCCCGGAGAAGCUUGCGAUGAUCUCGGAGGAGAAUUCUGCGGGGCCGACUAUCAAAAGGGAGUCUACUGA